AUGAGCAAUCUCUUCUUCAUCUUCACCUUGACCAUCCUCUAUGCAGUCUACACCUUCCCCACCUUUCAACCAAAGCAAACCAGCCUCGUAUUCUAUGUCCAUGACCACUUCACUGGCGACCACUCCACGGCGGCCACGGUGGCCGGAAAGACCGGAGCCGCCUCCAACAUCCUGCAAUUUGGCACAGUGGCAAUCGUGGAUGACCCAGUUACAGAAGGAUCCAGUAUAGAUUCAGCACUCAUCGGUAGGGCCCAGGGUAUAUAUGUAAAUUCGCAGCUUGAUGGAAAAGGCUUGUACAUGGUUUUCUCAGUGAUCUUUACCAAUGGAGAAUUCAAAGGUAGCAGCUUGGAGAUUCAGGGAUCUGAUAUCUUUACGAUGAAGGAACGAGAAUUUGGGAUUGUGUCUGGCACUGGUUAUUUCAGGUUUGUGAAAGGGUACGGGGUUAUGGAGACGGAGUUUAUGGACAUAGCUACUCUUAGGGCCACUCUUAAACUCAAUGUAACUCUUCAGCAUUAUUAA